ACUCGGAAGUCUGGCGUAGCCCUUACCACUCACCUCCACCGCCGCCGUCGGCCGGCCGGCGCUCUUCCCAACCCAUAACUCCGUCAUUUCAGCGGCACAAAUACUCAAACAACCAAAGCUCGAUCUUUCAGAGCAGAAACUAGGAAAUGAGAAUAGUUUCUUCAUCAAUGGCGGCGACGAAACUGUUCUCCAUUUCCUCGUUACUGUCGCCCCGCUUUAGAGCUUUCGCAGCGCCGCAAACCGUGGCCGUGCGUGGCGUCACCACCAGCGCGGCGGAGAGGAAGCAGACGAAGAAAGCGUCGCUCGUGAAGGAGAAGCGGAGGACGAGGUCCGACAGAGAGUUCGAGCUCGACGAGGUUCAGAGGUUCGGAGACACGACCAGCCAUAUUCCGGUGAUGCUCGGCGAGAUCCUCGACGUUUUCUCUACCUCCAAAACGGCGUCGCUUCGGUCCUUUGUCGACUGCACUGUUGGAGCCGCUGGUCACUCCUCUGCUAUAAUUCAAGCCCAUCCAGAGUUGAAAUAUUACAUUGGGAUGGAUGUUGAUCCCCUGGCACGUGAGAAGGCUGCAGCCCGGAUCGAUUCCCUCACAUGCAAUGAUUCUCGUGGCCCAACUGAGCUGAAAACAUAUACCUUUUUGAAGAAUUUUAGACACAUCAAGUCUGUACUGAGUGAGGUUGACGAGAAUCUCCUAGAUUCUGGAGUUGAUGGCAUAUUAAUGGACUUGGGAAUGUCAUCUAUGCAGGUUGACAAUCCUGAAAGAGGGUUUAGCAUUCUUCGUAAUGGACCUCUUGAUAUGCGGAUGGAUCCUCAGGCAAGUCUGAAAGCAGAAGACAUAUUAAAUACUUGGCCAGAUGCUGAAGUUGGAAAAAUCUUACGGGAUUAUGGGCAAGAAAGCAACUGGUACUCACUUCAGAAUAAAAUCGUCAGAGCUCGAUCACGUGGUGGUUUGCACUCCACUAGGGAGCUUGCAGAACUUAUCCGAAACUCAACUUCUUGGAGUAGAGGAGGGAGGCAAGGUUGGAUUAAGACAGCAAGCAGAGUAUUCCAGGCUUUGAGAAUAGCCGUAAAUGACGAACUGAAGACGCUGGAGGAUUCUCUCCAUGCGUGUUUCGAUUGUCUUGCUCCAGGGGGAAGGCUUGCUGUCAUCUCUUUUCACAGUUUGGAGGACAGAAUUGUGAAACAAACAUUUCUUCACAUCAUCGGCAGAAGCGUUGGAGAUGGAGAUGUUGACACAGAGAGUGAAAAUGCUUAUAAGAAAGAUCCGAGAAAGAUCAGAAAUGACAUUGAUGAAAAAGAAGCUUGGAUUAAGCAAAUGAUGCAUGGCUGUAAAGGAACAAUUCUUACAAAGAGACCAAUAACACCGUCUGGAGAAGAGGAGAAACUAAACUGCCGGAGUCGAAGUGCUAAGCUUAGAGUUAUUCAGAAGAAUUGAGUAUAUUUUAGACGAUUUAAAUUUUCAGGCCUCCAAAUUUCGGAACGAUUAUUUUCUGUAUACCUGCAUCACUAAAUGUUGAAAAUGAAAGUUCUAUAUAAUG